CAUGGGCAGCACUGUUCUGGUAAACACGCGCGGAACGGCCGCCGUUUUUAGCCAAAUAAAUCUGGAGAGAUAACCCGGAACCGGAGCUUUAUCCCGAUUCCAGUUAACGCAACUCCAGCCCCGCACAACCCCUUUCCCACCAACGGCCAUGCUGGCGAACCUGCAAGGUCGCAGCGCUCACCUGUUGCGUCACAGCCUCAAAAACGGCAGGAUUUGGAGGCGCAGCUGGGUGAGCACGGCGACAGGAAAGGAUCCGGAGGAUCAGGACAGCCUGACCAUCGGUGAUGUGAGCGUGCGGCUGCACAAGCCCAAGGAUCCACAGUUGGUGCCGCAGCAAUACGUGAAAUACGCUCCGGAUGGAACCCUGCAGCUGUCGCAGUCGGCCCUGCACCACCUGCGCUGGAUGCUGCAGAAGGAUGCACUGCGGCAGGACAUGUUCCUGCUGGGCCAGCCGGGUCCCCUGCGCCGCCAGCUGGCCAUGCAGUUCCUGGAGCUCACGCAGCGCGAGGUGGAGUACGUGUCCCUGAGCAGGGACACCACCGAGAGUGACCUGAAGCAGCGACGCGAGAUCCACGACAAGGCGGCCGUGUACCAUGAUCAGGGAGCAGUGCGAGCAGCACUCAAUGGCCGCGUCCUGGUCCUCGACGGAGUGGAGCACGCGGAGCGGAAUGUACUGCCCAUAUUAAACAAUCUGCUGGAGAAUCGCGAGAUGCACCUGGAGAGCGGCAAGUUCCUGAUGUCCCCCGAACGUUACGACAAGCUUUUGGAGAAACACUCACGGGAGCAGCUGGACGAAUGGGGUCUGUUGCGCGUUUCCGAGCAAUUCCGGGUGGUGGCCUUGGGUCUGCCCACGCACAAGUACAAGGGCACGCCGCUGGAUCCACCACUGCGCUCCCGUUUCCAGUCCCGCAAUGUGACCACCUACACCUACGGAGAGCUGUACGAGGAACUGCAGCAAGAGGCGCCCUCUGUGCCCGGCGAGCACCUCAAGCAGCUGCUCACCUUCGCUUUGACCCUGCAGCAGGCGGAUCCCACGCUCCAACUGCCGGACUUUCCCCUGCACAACCUGCAAUUGGGCGUCAAGAUGCUGGAGGCCAAUCCCUCGCUGAGCCUGCACGACAUCAUCAGUCGCUUGUAUCCAUACCAGACCAUGCUGAAGCCCGAUCAAAAGAAGCGCGUGGAGGAGCUGCUCAAGAAAUUGGACAUCCAACUGAUUCCCAGUCCGAGCAUCAAGAAGAUCACAACGCAAGCAGCAGAGCAAGCCCGAAUUCUGCUCAAAUUGGAUGACCUGCAGUUGAGCCUGCCCGGAGGACAGACUCCAGCCGGGAUUACGAGCAGCUUUGUGGACCUGCCGCAUCAGAGACAGGCGCUCGCCAGCCUGCUGCAGGCCUACGCAGUGGGGGAUGUGUGCCUCAUGGGCGAGAAGGGUGUGGGCAAGCUGACCCUCACCCAGGAGCUACUCCGCCUGCUGCAGCAAACCUCGGAGCCGAUGAUGCUGUACGAGGACAUGACCAGCCGGGAUAUCGUGCAGCAGCGCAUCACCAGUCCGCAGGGCGACACCGUGUGGAGGGAUUCGCCGCUCGUGCGGGCGGCCAAGUCGGGAUCCGUGGUGGUGCUCAAUGGCCUGCAUCGCCUCCACAAGAGCACGGCCAGUGUUUUGCAGCGACUCAUCCACGAUCGGGAACUGCAAUUGUGCGAUGGCACCACGCUGCUGGGUACGAAUCGCUACCAGUCACUGCUCCAGCAGGGAUUCUCGGAGCAGCAGCUCGGGGAACUCGGUUUCCUGCCCAUGCACGAGUCCUUCCGCGUGGUGGCGUUGGCAGAACCACCACGUCCCGGUAGCGGACAGCCCAACUGGCUGACGCCCGAGCUGCUCAGCCUGUUUCUCUACCAGGAGCUGCGUCCUCUGCGCCAGAGCGAGGAGCAGGAACUGCUGGCCCAGCUAUGCGGCGGAGAUCUACCCGCGGGCAUGGAGCCGCUGCUGAAGCUGGCCCAACUGCUGCGCUCCUCACAGGAUCCGCUGCUGCAGGGACUGGCGGGCACGCUGUCCACCAGGCAACUACUGAAGCUGGCCCGCCGUUUGGCUGCCUAUCCGCAGAGCGAGCUGAGCGAUGUCCACGAAAUGCUGCAGAACACAUUCCUGGCCAGAUUCAUGCCAGCCCUCUCGCGGAGUGCCCUGGAACAGGCCAUCCAGCAGGUGGGCAUCAAGCCCCGGGACAGCAGGCCGAAAAGCAGGAAGAACCAGAUAGCUGUGGAGGACAACUCCCUGAGGAUUGGCUCCACCCGCUGGCCUUUGGGCAAGCCCACCCAGGCACAGCUGUCCAAGGUGCCCAGCACGCUGUUCUACGAGAUGCCGCAGCAUGUCCAGCUGCUGGAGCGCUUGCUGCAGGACUACCUCAUCGGUGAGCACCUCCUGCUGGUGGGCAACCAGGGUGUUGGCAAGAACAAGCUGGUGGACCGCCUGCUGGAGCUGAUGCAGCGACCCAGGGAAUACAUCCAGCUGCAUCGCGACACCACGGUGCACAGUCUGACGCUCCAGGCGACUCUGAAGGAUGGCCAGGUGGCCUACGAGGACAGUGCCCUGGUCCAGGCGGUUCGCUCCGGGCACGUUCUGGUGGUGGACGAGGCGGACAAGGCGCCGGUGAAUGUCACCUGCAUCCUGCGGACGCUGGUGGAGAGCGGCGAGAUGGUGCUGGCCGAUGGCCGCCGGAUCGUGCCACCGGGCGCCGGCGGAAGGGUUCCCAACUCCAUUGAAACCCAUCCCGACUUCCGGCUAAUCGUGCUGGCCAAUCGGCCUGGUUUCCCCUUCCUGGGAAACGAUUUCUUUGCCGCCCUCGGCGACGUCUUCAGCUGCCAUGCCAUCAGCAAUCCCGAUCCGGAUUCCGAGAUCUUCCUGCUGCAGCAGUAUGGUCCCAAGGUGCCCAUCAAAACGCUCCGCACCCUGGUGAAUGCCUUUGGCGAACUGCGCACCCUCGCCGACGAGGGAAUGCUCAACUAUCCAUACUCUACGCGCGAGGUGGUGAGCAUUGUCAAGCAUCUGGAGCGCUAUCCGGAGGAGAACAUGUCCGAGGUGGUGGGCAACGUGCUGGACUUUGAUCGCUACCAGCCGGAGGCUCUGCAACAGGUCACCCAAGUGCUGGCCAAGCAUGGCAUCGAGUCCUACGCCGAGGAGGAGGUGCAGGCCAUCAGGAGGCAGAAGACGCUGCAGGCAUCCGUGAAGCGGCACAGCGGACUGGGCGUCUCCGGGCCGAAGUUCGGCAAGCUUGAUCCCAAGAACGAGCCGCAUGUGGGCGGCAACACGUGGGCCGGUGGCAGCGGUGGGCGUGACACGGCCGGACUGGGCGGCAAGGGCGGACCCUUCCGUUUGGAUAAGGGCCACAAGGUCCAUCAGCUGAGCGAUGAGGAGAAGGCCGAUGUGCCCGAGGAGAUCAAGCGGGCGGCGCGUGAGAUGAACCGCAAGGCGUUCGAGGACAAGCUCAAGGAGAUCAAGAUGUCCGCCCAUGACCACAAGCUGUACGCCCAGUUCAGCGAGCCCAAUCGCCGGCAGGUGCAGCAGCUGAAGGCCGUCCUGGAGGCGAUGCAGACGAAGAGCAAGGAGCGCCAGUGGCAGAAGUACCAGACCCACGGCGAUCUGGACGACACGCGACUCGUGGAGGGCAUCACCGGCGAGAAGAACAUCUACAGGCGGCGGGCGGAGGCCAAUCCCUGGGCGGAUCACGUCCAGGAGAAGCCCAACCGACUCAAGCUGGUCGUGGAUGUGUCGGGUUCGAUGUACAGGUUCAAUGGCUACGAUGGACGGCUGGACCGUCAGUUGGAGGCCGUGGUCAUGGUGAUGGAGGCCUUCGAGGGAUUCGAGAAGAAGAUCGUCUACGACAUCGUCGGCCACAGCGGCGAGGGCUGGGAGAUCCCGUUCGUGACCGCCGGCAGUCCGCCGAAGAACGACAAGGAGCGCUUCGAGGCCAUCCGGAUGAUGCACGCCCACUCGCAGUUCUGCUGGUCCGGCGACUCCACGGUGAAGGCGGCGCGGGAGGCCUGCUCCACGCUGGGAGCGGAGCAGGACUUCGACAACGCCAUCGUGGUGGUCCUCAGCGAUGCCAAUCUGCAGCGCUACGGCAUCGCCCCCAAGGAUCUGGCUGUGGCCCUCAAGCGGGGCGAGCCGAAGGUCAAGGGCUAUGCCAUCUUCAUUGGCAGUCUGGCCGAGGAGGCCGAUGAAAUCAAUGCGGAAAUGCCGGCGGGUCAGAGUUUCGUGUGCAUGGACCUCACCAAGCUACCUCACAUCCUGCAGCAGAUCUUCACUUCCUCGCUGCUGUAGUCGUAGUGCAAUUCUAAGAUCCCCAGGGAUCGGUUUAGUUUAAGUUUAUGUUGAACACAGUGUUGAUAAUUCCAAUUGUAGUUAAGCCUGAAUUGAGUCUAUAAAUCGAUUUUUGUGUAAAAACAAUAAAGAUAGUCUUUUUCAAUUAUUAUACUUACAUUUGGUCCGCAUACUGGCGCUAUAUCAAAAAAAAACAUCGAUUUACUUUUGCAUUUUUAUUUUUAUUGUUUAUUAAUUUCCUUGCUGUUUAUGCUUGCUAUUUGAUUACUUGUCAUAUAAUUUACAAAUUACAUAAGUAUUCAAUACACAAAAAAAAAACAAUUUAGAACUCGAGGAUUUUUCUGGCAGGGAUUUCUCUCAUUCUGGCGGGGGUUACGGGGUAAUACAAAAAAUAAACAAUUUGUGGUUUUACAUUAAUUAAAUUUGGUAUAAAAAUCUAAAACAAUUUCUUCCGUUUUUGUUUUUCUUGUUACAUUUUACAUUACACUUUAGUUUUUCUCGAUUUUUGUUUCGUUUUUGUUCUUUUUUUGUUGUUGUUUGUAUAUGCAUUUCUGUAUUUAUAAUAAAUAUUGUUGCAAAUUCAUGAAUUAAUGUGUUAGCAAAAAACGCUUAAAUAUACGUGUGUAUAAUAUAUACUCUUGAUCCGUUAUAUAAGGCGUGCGAAGUGGGUGGAUGGGACAGCCAUAUAUUCACCUACAUCUUUGCAACUGGAAGUAUAGAUUCGAUAAUUUGAAAUUCUAAUAAAUAUUGAUAAAAAAAAGUACUGUCUGUGGAAGAAAUCGAAUUGAAGAGCAAAAAUGG